CGUGCGAAAGUCUGACGUGGCGACCACUCUCCAACUCUUGUGUCGUUUUACCAUCUCUCCUCCCCAUAAACAACAAACAAAACCCCACUGUCACAAAACACCAACACUUCACACUUCAUCAACUCUUUGGUGUCACCUUUCUCUCUCUCUCUCUCUCUCUCUCUCUCUCUCUCUCUCUCAAUCUCUCUUGUUUUCUUUGCCAUACAAAAAAGUACCUUUCUCUAACUUCUCUCCGAUCAGAGUUUUCAACUUUUUGGUCUCUCUCUCUCUCUCAAAAAAGAAGGAUCUUUGAAUCCAGCGGCGGCCCCUUUUCUCGCGAUGUCUAAGGUAGGAGGAACAUUGGAUCUGGCAUCUGGGCUCGGCGGAAAGAUUGAAAAGGAUGAUGUUCUCUCCGCCGUUGACAAGUACGAGAAGUAUCAUGUUUGCUAUGGAGGCAACGAGGAAGAGAGAAAAUCCAACUACACCGACAUGGUUAAUAAGUACUAUGACCUCGUCACAAGUUUCUACGAGUAUGGCUGGGGAGAAUCAUUCCAUUUUGCACCCAGAUGGAAAGGCGAGUCUCUUCGAGAGAGCAUUAAACGCCACGAGCACUUCCUUGCCUUACAACUCGGCCUCAAAGCCGGACAGAAGGUUUUGGAUGUAGGAUGUGGAAUCGGUGGGCCACUAAGAGAAAUUGCUCGAUUCAGCUCUACAUCAGUCACAGGUCUCAAUAACAAUGAGUACCAGAUUUCUCGAGGAAAGGUUCUAAACCGGGUGGCUGGAUUGGACCAGACCUGCGAUUUUGUUAAAGCUGAUUUCAUGAAGAUGCCGUUCCCCGACAAUAGCUUUGAUGCAGUGUAUGCAAUUGAAGCCACCUGUCAUGCCCCAGAUGCGGUUGGCUGCUACAAGGAGAUAUACAGGGUGCUGAAACCAGGCCAGUGUUUUGCCGCUUACGAAUGGUGCAUGACCGAUGCCUAUGACCCUAAUAACAAAGAACACCAACAAAUUAAGGCGGAAAUCGAACUAGGUAACGGUCUCCCCGACAUUCGGCUGACAAGCCAAUGCCUCGAUGCUAUUAAGAAAGCUGGUUUUGAAGUCGUGUGGGAGAAAGAUCUUGCGGUGGACUCGCCUGUACCGUGGUACUUGCCGAUGGAUGCAAGUCAUUUCUCUCUCAGCAGUUUCCGUUUGUCUGCAGUUGGUCGGUUUUUUACCAAAAAUAUGGUGGCGGCUCUAGAGAAAAUUGGAAUUGCACCAAAGGGAAGUCAAAGGGUUCAAGCUUUCUUGGAGAAAGCUGCAGAAGGACUUCUUGCCGGUGGAAAGAAAGAAAUAUUCACGGCGAUGUAUUUCUUCGUGGCUCGGAAGCCACUAUCGGAGUCUGAGUAACGAUAGAGCUAGGUGGAUCUUUGCUUGUGGGAUGCUGUAAUGGAGUGUUUAGGAUGUUUUUUUUAUGACAGUUGUAGAUUUUAUUUAUUUUUGGCUGUGAAUGGAUUUGAUUGUCUGUUUGUGUUUGUUGAUGACACUUUAACUUUGUGACCUUUUUUUUUUGGGGGGGCCAAAAAAGAAGAUUUUAUUUCAUAAACGGAGGGCCUCGUUAAAAACCUUGUUGAUUAUUGUGAUAGUGUUCAGUUUCUUUUUAUCUAAUUUUAUGGCUCAUUCUUUUGAU